AUAGUUUUACAGCCAAACACCAAACUGUUUUUUUUUUUUUUUUUGAAAAGUACUUAUCUAAAAGCUAGAGCAGGCCAAACUAAACUAAUAUUUGGAAGCAUAACUUCCAAUGGCGUUUAAAACUAGACUCUUUCCCUUUUCCUCUGCGUCUAUCUCUUUGACAAAGAGAGAUUAAUGCAAUUGAACUGGAAGUUACCUUAGGGUUCUUGGCCUGGUUGAACUUGCAAGCAAGCUGUUUGAUGAAUUGCCUGUAUCAGUGUUAGGAACGCUUCUAUUAUGGUCCCCUCGCUCCCCAUUCUUUCCUGCUAAUGUGUUCUUUCCUCCUACUCCCAGUUUAUAAUAGCCGGAGAAGUGCCACUGAAUUGAACUGGGAUUUCUACCUCAAGGUAAUUGCAGUGUGUUGGUAAACACAUGUUGAAAUACGAGCUUCGCAAAGUCCUCCGCGGGGAAGUUCUGUCAAGUUCAAGCAUAAAGCUUGGACCUUUCUCAAAUGCAGCCAUUGUGAUCCUCCAUACAGGACAUGUACUUCUUUUUCCUUCACCUGAUCAUCCGAUGAGUUGUGCCAAUUGCCAUUGAAAUCAGAAGUGAACUAACGGAUUUGGGUAGAUGGAUCAACUUUUAAAAAUGUGGAAGUAGCAACUGUUAGAUACUUUUCUUGUUCAUAUUCAGGAUAAUCUGGAACUUGGAUUGAUGAAUUUCUGAUUAGGGGGUGAGCUAUGAUUUACAAAUCCAUCAGGUUAUUGAUUUGUGAAGCUCAUCAAGCUCCAAUCAACCCCUUCUUUUGGUGAACCAAAUAAUGGAUUUGAACACAUCCAUCAACUCAUGAGCUCUGGGCACAAUCAAUCACUGGAUGGUAUGCAAAUGGACAAGUUUCUACCUCGACUUAUCAUUGAAAAUUUGUUUCAUAUCAUUACCCACAGGCACACAAUUGGGGUGGAGGAUUUUGUGGACGAUGAAACAGCAGGCCGUACACUUUCCAGAAGGGCAAAGUAUCAAAGAACCCGAACAAGAACAUAUCUUUCAGGCAGAAGACACAUGCAUUCAUCUCCAAGCGGUUCGUGUCAGCAUCGCUCACAGGGUAACGAGCGAGCAGGUUGCAGUGGCCGGGAUGAACUCCAAGGACAUCGAGGCCGUGCAGACGCGUACACUGCUGUUUACACUCCCAGGCAGGGAGAGGGAUAAGUUUGAAGGCAAGAUUAGAGCUGUGGUUCAGUCUCUCAUUGAUAAUGGGAUUGAUGUUAAAGUUCAUCUUGACUGAUCAAAGUAGCUUGGUUCUGAUCCACUGUUUUCUUGGUCUUCAUGACGAAUUUUCAACUAGGCUACUUCUGUCCUGUGGGCCGGUAUUGAAUUUUCAAACAGAACAGCACAGCAGUAUUGAAUCUUAUUUCUCUACACAGUGAAUGGCCCAAUCCAUCCUGCAGUAGAUUGCCUUUAUGUGGAAUCUACCAAAAGAAAGGGGAAAUGGGGCAAAGGUGUUAAAAGCUCUUGAAUUACACAUGUCAGAGAAAAGCAGAGACCUCUGCUGCAUUAAGGGUACACAGUUGCCACCACUGGUGAUAAAAGAAUCAUGGAGCUAGCUGCAAUACAAAAGGAUGGACCGCUUGCAAUCAAAAGUUGUCCACACCAAAGGAGGGCCAGUACGAGGGUAAUUGUGGUCAUUAGGACUCCCUGUCUGUGGAUAUGUUGUUGUGGUCAGCUAGCUUGGUGCUGCUAUUUCUAGAGGCAUUUAUGUGCUGCCCAGAAAUGGGUUCUUAAAGCUUCAUUUCUUGGCCGUGCUACUUUUCAAAUUGGGGAAAGAAGACAGGAGGUAAUGUAUAAGGUAUCUGUCUUUCUUCAUUUGUGAAUACAGAUGAAUUUGAAGCUCCUAAUGUGUCAAGGAAGCACAAUCUGGAAACCAAGUCAAAGUUUCAAACAGUUGUCCAUUUCUGAUCUAGUUACUUGAUAGAAUAAAGUUUUUACAAGUUAGCCUUGAGCAUUUAGUCAGAGACUUCUUGACCCAUGCACUGUUAUUUAAGCACUCACCUAGUUUUGUAUAAUAAGGGGGAAAUGUUAUAUUUGGUUUUUUGAAACAAUUAACAUGGUGCAAAGACAAAUUUACAAUCACUCUAUCGAUAAUAAAUUGUUAAGUAUACAUAUUAAUAUAUGCAGUUCGACUUGAUAAUGUCAAACCCACAAUCAAAAGCGACCGAGAACUUGUUGAGAAUGUCAUAUUCUUUCCAAUCUUGGUUAUGUGUGCAACACUUUUGCAGGGGUGAUUCCUUCUACUAUAAGCGAUUCAUUUCAUUUCUUUUAUGCCAACCAUGCCACUUUUCUUUUUGCCACACUUUCACCACCGAGGCAAGAUUGCCUGUACUGAAGGAAGAGUAAAGUGCAAACAAAAGAAAGCCCAAAAGCGGUCUAACCAAACCAAUAACUCUCUUUCAAGAUUCCUCCACCGUUGUAAAGCGAAAGGCUUUGGGUAGCCCAACAAGGAACCCUGCCAUUGCAACAAACCUGCAAUCCGACAAUCACAAAAGUGAUAUAAGAAAAGAACCCAUUUGCCAUUUUGCCCCCUAAUUUCAGCCCCACUUUGCCUUUUCUUUUAGGUCCAAAACCACAACAAACAAAAGAGCAUCCCAACCCCAACCCAAACCCUUCAAUUCCAAGCCCAAAAUACUGACCUAAUAUUCUGAAAGUUUCCCAACCCAAAUCCCCCUAUGCCCUCCAAUCCUCUUUGCUCUGCUCAGCUUCUUAGGCCAUUAUCAAACAAGUCCUCUCCUUUCCCAUUUCCGAUGUAGUCUCCAGUCUCCACCACCUCCAGAGCGUGCAACCCACUACCCACUAGAAACAACACACAAACUUCACCAAGUGGAGCCCACGCGCUUCAACCCAAGUCUUCCCAUCUCCAACUCCAAUCCCUCCUUCCUCCUUUCUGCAACUGCCAUUGUCGUCAAUCCAAAAAAUCAUCUCUUUCCCCUUCCCCCUAAUUCAGACACAGCAGCCACCCACUGAAUACAGAAAAAGUAAAAGCUAGGUCUCCCAACUUCAACCCGAAACAAGGAAAAAGAAAACCCUUCAACGAAAUACCAUUCAAGGGAAAGAAAACCCCCAAAUUAGAACAGUCAAAAUCCAUCACAAACCCACUCCCUGUAAUGGACCAAGAAGAAGAAACAGAGGCUCCAGCUCCAAUCCAACAGCAAAAUCAGCUGCCCGCAUCGUCCACCUACAGCCUCGUGCUCCGAAUCAUGAGCAAAAGGCGGACAUGGGUCUGCCUCUUCGUCAUCGUCUACUCCAUCCUCCUGUCCUCCUCGUGGAACCUCCUCCAAUCGAUCCUCUCCUGGUACCAGCAGCAGUCCCAGAUCGCGUCGUCGUCGGGCUGGCCGGCCAUCUACGCGUCGGUGCUGCUGGGGGCGGUGUUCGGCGUGAUGUCGAUGGCGGCGGCGCUGGCGGUGGCGGUGCCGGCGACGGUGGUGAUAUGGAUUACGGUGGUGGUGCUGCUGGCGUUCUUCGGGAAGCCGAGGAGGGUUUUGGUGGUGGAAGGGAGGAAGAUCACGAGGGAGAUUUUGGGGUUCGUGAUUAAGAUCUUGUUGAAGGAAGGGAACGCGGUGGCCGCUGUCUGCGCUGUUCUUGGAUACUUUGCUCUGGUCCGAAGGAAUGCUGACGUGGAUUGACCGGAUUGGUCUCUCUGGGUAGUGAGAACAAGAAAGGAGAUCGAGCCACCGAGGGUUUUCGCCCCUAUACAAUCUUCUUUUUGGUUUAUUGAGGGGCUUAAAGGGUAGUUGUAGAAAGUUUAGGGGUUGAAAUGGAAAGAAGUAUGUAACGUGUAAUAUUUUUGUACCGUUUUACUGAAUUCUACUCGUCUCUUUCUGAUCAGACUUGCGCGCUCGUUUUUUCCUCCAAAAUUCGGAUCCUGGGUGUUUUCGCGUAAAUAAGAUACGAAUUUACAU